AUGGGCACGAAACGCUCACACUCCGAAGUCUCGGACGUCGCAAUGGACGACGCUCCUCGCGACGGCUCCCCAGUCUCAGACCACAACGACGGAGAGCACGACUCGAAACGCUCCAGAACCGGUCCCGGCGCCACCAAGAAGAAGCACAAGGCCAAGGAGGGCACGCCGGCAUGGAACAGAACGCGCGCACGCACAAUCAGGAGACUGCUGCAAAGCGGCAAGGAGCUGCCCGCUACGGUGCGGAACGAUCUGGAGCAGGAGCUGGAGGCGCUGUCCGAGAAGGUGGAUGAGCGCGACUUCAAGAAGAGGAGGAGCAACAUGAUUCAAAAGUACCACAUGGUCAGGUUCUUCGAGCGGAAAAAGGCAGAACGGCUCCUCAAGCAACUCCGCAAGAAAAUCACCCAGUCGACCGACGCAGACGAGAAGAAGCGCCUCGAGGCUGAAGCCCACGUGGCCGAAGUAGACGUCGCCUAUGCCCGCUUCUUCCCCCUGAUGGAGCGGUACGAGAGUUUAUACCCGAACAAGGACAAGAGCCAGGAUGCCCCCAAAGACGACGAGGCGAAGGAAGAGAAAACGGACGACAAGUCCUUCAAGCAGCCCAAGGCCCUCCGCGCCCUGCACGCCGAGCGCCCCAAGAUGUGGGCGACGAUUGAAAAGGUCCUUCCCGAGGGCGAGGCGGCACUAUACAGGUUACGCGACCGCAAGUCGCCGACGGAUACCGGAGCCGCGCCAAAGAAGCCUGCGAAGAAAAACUUCUCGGCGGCCAACAAGACGAAGCCCAGUUUCCCUGCAGAGAACCAUCACCACCACCACAAGGAUCGCGCAGUGAACUGGAAGGACGGCGGCAAGGCGAGGAAGUGGCAGGCUCCUGUGCAGCAAGAAGAGGAGGAAGACGACGGCACGGGCUUCUUCGAGUAA